UGAAUAUCAUAUAUUGUAACCUUAUUACAACCAUGAGUGUGUAUAUUUUGAUGUUUAUUUGUUUACACUGAGGUUUGCAUGUAGUUUGCAGUCCUACAGUUCAGAUAUUAUACACACUUUCAGAUUUGCAUUUUAGUUAAACUUUAGCUGUGUCUGCUUCCAUACACCAGUCAGGUAUCCUUACAGUAUUACAUAAGAAUCUCUUAAACAUCCUAUUCAAUUAACUGUGUACGAUUUGGCUAUUCUCAGGCAGCGUCUACCGGAAUGAAAUAGGAAAAUCAAAUAGAUCAGCCUAAAUCUUAGAAGACCCCGAGAAGCACACGGACAUUUGUGAUUCCAUUCACAGGCAAAAUGAUAAACCACUGGGUGAUUUUAGCCGUCUACAUCCUGACGUUUCUGAUCGGCCUUCCUGCAAAUCUACUGGCUAUUUGCACCUUCUUUAAGAAACUGGGUAACAAACCCAGUCCGAAUGACAUCCUUCUUUUCAACCUGACGGCUUCUGACUUGGUCUUCCUGCUCUUUCUGCCCUUCAAGAUGUACGAAGCCGCCGCUGGCAUGGAAUGGCACUUAUCACAGACCCUGUGCUCCAUUGCCUCUUAUUUCUUUUUCACCACCAUUUACACCAGCUCCCUGUUGCUCAUGGCUAUAGCCAUUGACCGCUACUUAGGGCUGGUGUUUCCAUUCAAAUACAGACUAUUGCGUAAGCCGCUUUACGCUGCAGCAGGAAGCAUCAUCAUCUGGCUGGUCAGUGCUGCCCAUUGCAGCAUCGUAUUCAUCACUGUCCACAUGCCAGAUCAGAACGCAACCCUUCCCAAAACAGUCUGCUAUGAAAACUUCACAGAGCAGCAAAAGAAUAUCUUGUUACCAGUUCGAUUUGAAUUUUUUGUGGUUAUAUACAUGCUGCCGCUCUUAAUUUGUAUCUUCUGCUAUAUCAACUGCAUCUACAUCCUGUACACCAGGCCUCGUAUAACUAAAGAGAAAAAGCAAAGGGCCAUUGGCAUGGCGUUGUGCACACUGACCAUCUUUUUACUUUGUUUUUUACCCUACAACUUGUCUCAUCUGGUGGGUUUCAGCAGCAACGACAGCCCACUGUGGAGGUACUACACGCUCCUGCCCAGCACCCUCAACACCUGUCUGGAUCCGUUCGUGUUUUACUUCUCGUCCUCAACUUUCCGUGAAAGCAAAAUUGUUUCUUUACUCAAGAAGUGGUGUUUUACACAUAAGAAGACUAAAAAGAGCGACACUGAACUUGUGAUUGUGGCAAAAUGAACCUAUUUAGCAUUUGAACAUCAGUUAUGUCAUGGCUUCAUGCAAUUUGCGAAUCUAUUUAUUAAAUUAAUAACUUUAAAAAUUCAUUCAUUAUUCAAGGAUUGAUACAUUUAGCAUGGUUAUUUUUCAAAGUAGUACUAAAGUUUGGGGUUGUUAAGAAUGUUUUUGAAAGAAAAUUUAAGAAGUGCUCAGCAAGGCUGCAUUUGUU